AUGCCACAGCGGGAACAGUUUCAGGUUGACACAAGUAUCAAUAGAGUCACUACUCCGGCGACUAUUGGGUCUAUAGGCCCCACGGAAUUAGAACUGCUGUCUUCGGCAACGUCUUCACCAUCUGCUAAUCAGUCGUAUUCUACUUCAUUAAAUCCAGAUCAACUACCUACUUCACCAGUGUCUAUCUCAUCUUCACUGUCUCCUGUAUCAACAAGCGUGUCUAGCUCAAUAACAAAUUCACCGACACCAUUUAACCCCCUACCGACUAGAUCAAUAAAUUUUGCUGCUUUAAAUUCUAAAAUACGACAACAAUCAUCGUCAAAUCCAAACUCACAUCCACAUCCACAUCCACAUCCACAUCCACAUGUAAAUACUCAACUACCAGCUCGUCACCAACCUUUAAGUCUGGUUCCAACUCAAACUUCGACUCCAGCCACUAUAUCACCAAUACAUUCUUCUGUACCAUCUAGACUGCAAUCACCAAUUGUACCACCAUUGCAUGACUUGGUUAAUGAUUGCUUCCUUUUAACUAUAGAUAAGCUACACGAUGAUACCCGAGCGUUUAUUGCCAACUCAUUUCAUCAAUGUGUUACCAAACAACAUUGUGAAGAAAAUUUGGAAUUUCUCAUUGACAUUUAUCGCUAUGAAUAUGAAUAUAACUUGAAGGUGUUAACGUCUUCGUUGAAUAAUGCCAGUGCUAGUACCACCAACCCACCUUCCUUAUCUACUUCCCUCAAUUCAAAAGCUGUCAUUAAUGGAUUCAAUCACGACGAAGCUACAUCUAUGGCCAAAAUGAAGUUGAAUGCACCAAGUCCCUGUAUAACACCAACUACCCAUGGUGCUAGCACAACAUCGUUAUCAAAACGCCAUCAAAGGACAUCUUCAGUUGCUUCGUUUGAAUCACUAAAAAAGAAACAUUCAAUACGAUCAGAAGACUUGGAUCCACAACAAGCAUUUGUGUCUACUAUUGAUGAUUUAGACUUGAAUGCUCCUUGGGACUCAUUUGGAGAACUGCAUGUAGGAGAUGACGAAGAAUAUAGUGACGAUGAAGAAAAAGAAAAUGAUGAUGAGAAUGCAGAAGGGACUUUAGCCAAAGAAGAUUUGCAUGACUUGAAUGAACGAUGGAUAUUCAUAAUGAAUAACUAUAUCAAACAUGAUUCACCAUCUCAAAUUAAUAUCUCACAGAAGUUAUUCAAGGAAAUUGUCCAAGAGUCUUCAGUUUGUAAAUUGCAUAAUCCAAUCAUUUUACUCAAGGCAAGAAAUGAGGUAUUGCAAAUAUUGAAGGAAAAUUGUUAUGGUUCGUUUGCCAGUAAAUUUAAAAAACAAUUUGUUCAACCUUGUGGAGAACAAGGAGUUUGUUGUUCUUGUGGAGCGGAGGAAAAUAAACUGGGUAAUGAUAAUGUGAUCAACCCAAGUAAUAACAGUAGCAUGUUGGCAUUGGAAAGAACCAUGACUACAGAGUCGGCAUCAUGCAAUGAAUGUCAAGAAAUUCCAUCUACUAGUUCAGCCUCAACUGUGACUGCAACACCACUGUUGGUCUCGGGUGCGGAUAAACAACAACUGCAGAAACACCAUCAUCACCACAUUCACCACCACCAUCAUCACAGGAACCAAGAUCCAUCUUUAUCAUCAUCCUCAUCCAUUGCCGCUUCCUUAUUAGGUAAAUUGUCCCUUCCCAAACGAAACAGAACUAAACAGCCACUGCAAAGUGGCAACAUCACCUCUCCCUUGUAUGGAGAAACAAGUCCACCUUCAUCAAAUUCAUCAUCAACACUGAAUAUCUUUGGACAGGCUAAAUUUUCAAAUGGCGGCGACGCAUCGCCAUCACCUAGUUCGGUAGCUAGUUCUGCAAGAGGAAUACCAAUUUCAUCAUCAUUGAGGAACCCACAACAGCCAUCACUGCAGUUGCAACAAGGUGGAAGUAGUGUGUCCACAUCUGCAUCUGUUGCUCAAUCGUUGCCUAUUCCUCGUUCGAUGAAUGCAAGUCCCAUAUCUUUGAAUUCGGUAGCUAGUAAUGCACAAAAGGAUCGUGAUCGUGAAGGACCAGUGAACAGCAGUGGAUCGUUAUUGAGUGGUGGAUCUUUAGGAUCGUCAUUGAAGUUUUGGAAAAGAAAGUCGUGA